AAAGGGAAUUCAGUUUCCGAUCCUCCGAUUAAUUGUCCGAGUUAAUGGAAUUCGACUCUCGACGUUUCGACUACGAGUGAUUUUAAAAUAAAAAAUCGUCCGAAUGUUUUUAGUUGUAAAACUAUCGAUAAUAAAUAAAAAAAUAACAACAAAUAAUCGUAAUCAUGUCGCGGCAUCGAGAUAUUCGAUCAAUGAAAUAUUCUGAUGAAUACGACGGCUAUGAUGAUGUGUAUGGACACUCUGUGGAAGAUGACUACUGCGUCUCUCCUGGAGCUGAGCAAUUUUUGUACGACCGCAACAAACAGCAAAACAUCGCCUCUUUUAUCAAUGAACCAGAUAUUAAAGAAGACGAUGAAGAAAUUGAUGAUGCUUCAGCUUUGGCAAAAAAGUCCGAGUUAUCAGAAAUCGAUACUGCCAAACUUAUGUCGUGUAUUGAGGUUGUGAGAAACGUUAUCGGUGAUACUAUUCCUGACUCAGUACUUACUGAUAAGAUCAUUCUGAAUAAUUUUAAUGCUGAGGCGGCACUUGAUGAUAUUCUUAAAUCUACACCCCCGAAGCAGACUGACGGAGUCAAGGCUAAAGAUCGCGGAGAGACACAAUCAGCAAUAGGUAUCAAGAUAAAACCUACAGUACAAGUAACACCUUCAGCAGUAAAAGUAACACCAGCAAAAACACGCACAGUCAUAAAAGGAUUCGAUUUGAAGAGUAAUACAGACAGUGAUUAUUUAUCAGCGCGACAAGAGAACCCAAGAUCAUUGAGUCCAAAUGUGUCGGCAAACAAUUCACCGGGUCUGAAAAGAAAAGAUGAAGGAUUAAACAAGAAUCUAAAUGUCUCAAAAGCGUAUUCUCCGCGUUGCCAGUCGCCUUUGUCAGGUCGAGUUACUCCUGAACCAGAGGGUAAACUGAAAGCUGGUGAAGAUAAACGUGAUGUUGCUGCUAUUUAUAAAGACAAACGUGGAGAUGCUAAGGAGCAGUUGCACCUCGUGGUUGUGGGUCAUGUUGAUGCGGGCAAAAGUACUCUGUUGGGAAGAUUGCUCUGUGAUUUAGGGCAGGUUUCCUCAAAACUUAUUCAUAAGUAUCAGCAGGAGAGCAAGAAAAUUGGUAAGCAAUCUUUUGCUUACGCUUGGGUUCUUGAUGAAACUGGAGAAGAAAGGGAAAGAGGAAUCACAAUGGACGUUGGGUACACCAAGUUUGAAACAGAAACAAAGUCAGUAACGCUUCUAGAUGCUCCAGGACACAAAGAUUUUAUUCCGAACAUGAUAACAGGUGCCACCCAAGCUGAUGUUGCUUUGCUGGUAGUCGACGCCACUAGAGGAGAAUUCGAAACUGGUUUUGACAGCGGGGGACAGACUAGAGAACACGCUCUUCUUCUUCGUUCACUAGGUGUUUCGCAGAUUGCGGUAGUGGUAAACAAACUGGACACCGUCGACUGGUCUAAGGAGAGAUUCGACGAGAUAACUGAAAAAAUGAGCGUCUUUCUUAAGCAAGCGGGUUUCAGAGACACCGCGACUUUCGUUCCUUGCAGCGGACUGUCUGGAGAAAAUCUUGUCUCUCCGCCGAAAGCUGAUGGACUGUCGAGUUGGUACAGUGGUCCCACUUUGCUGAAAGUUAUCGACAGCUUCAAGUGUCCCGAGCGGCCCAUCACCAAACCCUUCCGCUUCUCCGUCAAUGAUGUUUUCAAAGGCACUGGCUCGGGAUUCUGUAUCUCGGGUCAUGUCGAAGCUGGAAUGGUUGCUGUUGGUGACAAAGUAUUGCUUCUACCUCGUAGUGAAAAUGGAGUCGUAAAAGGAAUAACUGCUGAUGAAAUGCCACUGACGAAUAGUUUCGCUGGUGACCAUGUCUCUCUAAUACUGUCAGGAAUAGAUCAGCAGAACAUAGGAGUCGGUGAUAUUAUUUGUAGCCCUUACAAACCCAUACCUGUGACGACUUGCUUUGAAGCUCACGUUGUAAUUUUUUCCAUCGCUAUACCCAUCACCAAAGGACUUCCUGUGGUACUCCAUUCCCAGUCAUUAGUUGAACCCGCGACAAUUACCAAACUUAUUGAGCAGCUGCACAAAAACACUGGGCAAGUUAUUAAAAAGAAACCCCGUUGUUUGCCUAAAAACUCCAGUGCUACCAUCGAGAUUUCAACUCAGCGACCGAUUUGCUUGGAACUCUAUCGCGAUUUCAAACAACUUGGCAGAGUUAUGCUCCGUGUUUCUGGUACGACAAUUGCUGCUGGUCUUGUUACAAAAAUAAAAUAAAUCAUAAUCAUAGAUCGUGUACUGGAUAUCAUAAAUUAUUAUAUUAUUGAAUGAUCAAUAGCUCGUGUAAAUACAAAUACCAUAUGUUUAAACCAAUAAAUUUGUAACAUGAAUUUUGAUAUUUUAAUUUUUAAUAAUAAAGUUAUAUAUAAUUGUA